GCUUCUUUAUCAGUUUCGGAAUUCAGAAGCAGAAGAUGAGAGAUGAGAGAGAUUGAGAUUGCUCAGAAGCCUUUAUUUGCAGUAAUGCGUUUCUUGGCAUAGUAACUGCUUAAUGGUUCGCGAAGCCGUACAGUUGGUGGUUGUAGAUCUUCGACCUCAUCUUCUAGUUGACCUUGCUUUCUUCUAUUUGAGAUCCAAUCAAUUCCCUGCAACUCCGAUCUGAUCGGUACAAAACCCUAAGCAGCACUUCCAUGGCGGGAGCUGUCUCGGCUCUAUUCCUUCUCGAUAUCAAAGGCCGCGUUCUGAUCUGGCGAGACUUCCGUGGCGAUGUCUCUGCCGUUCAGGCCGAGCGCUUCUUCACCAAGCUCAUCGAGAAAGAGGGUGAUCCGGAAUCCCACGAUCCAGUUGUUUACGACAAUGGCGUAACCUACUUGUUUAUACAGCAUAACAAUGUUUUCCUGAUGACAGCUUCCAGGCAGAACUGCAAUGCCGCAAGCCUUCUCUUUUUCCUACACCGAGUAGUUGAUGUCUUCAAGCAUUAUUUUGAAGAGUUAGAAGAGGAAUCUCUUAGGGAUAACUUUGUGGUAGUGUAUGAGUUGCUUGAUGAAAUGAUGGACUUUGGUUACCCUCAGUAUACAGAAGCAAGGAUUCUUAGUGAAUUUAUCAAAACAGAUGCUUAUAGAAUGGAAGUUACACAGAGGCCUCCAAUGGCUGUGACAAAUGCAGUGUCUUGGCGCAGUGAAGGGAUACGAUACAAAAAGAACGAAGUGUUCUUGGAUGUGGUGGAGAAUGUUAAUAUUCUUGUUAACAACAACGGACAAAUAGUUAGGUCUGAUGUUGUUGGCGCAUUGAAGAUGAGAACUUAUUUAAGUGGUAUGCCUGAAUGUAAGCUUGGCCUUAACGAUCGAGUGUUAUUGGAGGCACAAGGGCGAGCAACCAAGGGAAAAGCUAUUGAUUUGGAAGACAUCAAAUUUCACCAGUGUGUUCGUUUGGCUCGGUUUGAAAAUGACCGGACAAUUUCCUUCAUACCACCAGAUGGAUCUUUUGAUCUCAUGACAUAUAGACUCAGUACUCAGGCGAAGCCUUUGAUUUGGGUAGAAGCUCAAGUUGAAAGGCACUCAAAGAGUCGUAUCGAGAUUAUGGUAAAAGCUAGGAGUCAGUUCAAGGAGCGUAGUACUGCUACUAAUGUUGAGAUUGAGUUGCCUGUGCCAUAUGAUGCUACUAAUCCUAAUGUCCGGACAUCAAUGGGAUCUGCAUCAUAUGCACCCGAAAGUGAUGCGUUGGUCUGGAAAAUAAGAUCUUUCCCUGGUGGCAAGGAGUAUAUGUUGAGAGCUGAGUUUCGCCUUCCCUCCAUAACUGCAGAAGAAGGUCCUCCUGAGAGAAAGGCUCCUAUACGUGUAAAAUUUGAGAUACCAUAUUUCACCGUUUCUGGAAUACAGGUUCGUUACUUAAAGAUUAUUGAAAAAAGUGGAUACCAAGCGCUUCCAUGGGUUAGAUACAUAACAAUGGCUGGCGAGUACGAACUACGACUAAUAUGAAUGGGAGUUCCUGCUCGGCGUCUCCAAUCCUCCCAACAUUUUCUGCUUCUGAUUGAUUUAAGACUCAAAAACUGGUGGAUAAAUUAAAGGCCGUCAAGGAAGUUAGUUUCUCUUAGACCGGUGAUUAAAAAAUAUUUGUGUAUGGCCUUAUUUUGUCUGUGCAUUAUUAUGAAUUUUUUUAUAAAAUCUAUAAAUAUUGUAAGUUGAUAGAUUUCUUCUUUCAUAUUUUGAAAUUACGAACAACAUUUUGUCA